GUUUCUCAAUGUAUCGCGGUGUCAGUUGAAGCUGAAUCACUGCACCGUUGAGUUCUACAAACAUCUUGUGCCGCAUCCGGGCGUGGAGUGCGUACAAAAUUCUUCGUAGACAACUAUCAGAAGAUGGAUCGGUGCAUAGUUUUGGUAGUGAUUGGUAGUGUUCUUCUGGGGUUACCAACGGUGCUUGGCCAGCUCAAGAAAUGCACUUCACGGGAGAAGUGCACUGCAAUUGGUGACUGUCCAGCCUUUGAAAAGUACAUCGGAACGCCAUACUCAACAUGGCCGGAGAAAGUGCUGAAUGAGGCUAGAACGAUGUACUGUGGAUCAGAACAGCGUGGAUCUAAUAAGAUUCACCAGGUCUGCUGCAGCACAUCCGAGGGGUUUGCAGACCAUUCCACGUCAAAGGUCAAGAAAGGACGCGAUUUGUUAGAUUUGCGAGAAUGUGGCAAGCAAUCCAAGCCACGAAUUGCCAACGGGAAAGUAGCCGAAGUGUUUGAAUUUCCGUGGAUGGCACUGCUCCGGGGUUUCGACGGGACCUUCCAUUGCGGAGGUAGUCUUAUUGCGGAACGCUACGUCCUCACGGCAGCUCACUGUGGUUUCAUCCAAGUCUGGUCCGUGCGGCUCGGAGAAACGGACCUCUCCCAAGAUGUGGACUGCAAUCAAUAUCCGGGAGAAGAAGAAGAUUGUGCUGAUCCUCCGCAGGACAUCCCGGUGGACAAAUUCUUGAGGAGAAAGUACAGUGCAAGUCAGAAGAAGAACGACAUUGCGCUGGUGAGGUUGAAAUACGCUGCGCAGCUCAGUGACAGUGUACGUCCCAUUUGUUUGCCGUUGCCAGAGAUAGCCGUUAAGUCUCUGCCCAGAAAGAUGACAGUUUCAGGAUGGGGUUACACCGAGCUCGCCAAUAAGAUAUCCGAUCAGCUGCGAUACGCUCACAUACCGAUUGUAGGCCUUACCGAGUGCAAUCAAACCCUGAGACGUUUGAACACUGUCUGGUCGGUGGACCAAAGUCAAGUUUGUGCCGGAGCCGAUGACGACAAGGCGGACAACUGCCAUGGGGACAGCGGUGGGCCACUUCAGUACUUUGGCAGGACUGGAUUUGUGAUAUAUGGGAUCGUUUCGUACGGGGUUGCGUCCUGCGGCACGGAAGCUGAACCUGGAAUUUAUACCAAAGUUUCGCACUACUUAGAUUGGAUUAUAGACAAUUUAAUAUAAAUUAAUUGCAUAUUUGUUUAGCUUGGUUCACAACAAAAUGUUUAACCAUUAGAAUUUGCAGAGUUUAUGUGUUAUGCUAUUUAUUACUUUCAGCAAAUUAAAGCAUAUUUCAAUUAUUUGAAGAUAAGAAACCAAAUGUGAUAAACACCUUCUCAGGAAGCGUAUUAAGAAUCUUAAUUCAAUCAAAGAAAUUCCUCUACUGUAUAGCAGAUCUACAUUUGCUUUUGUGAGCAAAUUUUAAUAAUUCUAGAAUAACAUUUAAAAAACAU